GGAGGCCGAGAGCCACCCGCAGUGCCGGCGGCUGCAGCUGAAGGAUUUGUUGGUGGCGGAGACGCAGCGGCUCAGCAAAUACCCGCUGCUGCUGGAGAGCCUGAUCCGCCUCAGCCUCGCGGGUUCCCCGGAGCGGGAGAAGCUGCUCCGUGCCCGCGAGCAGAGCCGUGCCGUGCUGCGCUUCGUCAACGAAGCCGUUCGCGGCGCCGAGAAUCGCCGGCGGCUCCGGGAGCACCAGCGGCGCCUGGACAGCUCCGCCCUGGAGCGCAGCCCCAACCCCCUGGCGGCGCAGUUCCGGAACCUGGACCUGACCUCGCACCGGAUGAUCCACGAGGGACCCCUGGCCUGGCGCGUGGGCAAGGACAAGAGCGUGGAGCUGCACGUGCUGCUGCUGGAGGAGCUGCUGGUGCUGCUGCAGCGCCAGGACGAGCGGUGGCUGCUGCGCUGCCACAGCCGCGACGGCAAACACGGCUUCAGCCCCGUGCUGCGCCUCAGCUCCCUCCUGGUGCGCUCCGUGGCCACGGACAAGCGAGCCCUGUUCAUCAUCUGCACCUCGGAGCUGGGACCCCAAAUCUACGAGCUGGUGGCGCUGACGAACUCGGAGAGGAACACGUGGCUGGAGCUGCUGGAGCUCCCGUUGGGGAUUAUUCCCGUUGGAAUUUGGGAUUAUUCCCGUUGGGAUUUGGGAUUAUUCCCGUUGGGAAUUCGGGAUUAUUCCCGUUGGGAAUUGUUCACAGGUGGCUGGAGCUGCUGGAGCUCCCGUCGGGAUUGUUCCCAUUGGGAAUUUGGGAUUAUUCCA